AAUAUUUUUAUGGUGUAAUAUUGGCUAGUAAAAUUGAAGAACUUUUCCUGAUGUAACCGCGGCGAAUAUCUCCUGUCCUCUCCUCUUUCCCUCCUCCCCGCCCAGGGGAAACAGCAGCGUCACCGGGUGAAGGGCGGCGCCCGCAGGUACCCACAUCAGCUGCACAAACAGCUGCAGACAGACGCAGCUCUGUGUCCAGAAGUCAAGGAGACUCCCAGGAGCUAAACCAGCUUUCUCUCUCGCUGUGGACCGAGCAGGAAGGGACGCGGAAACAUCCGGAACGUUUGGAAAUCUCGAAAAAGGGAAGUUGGAUAGUUUGUAUUUGAGAGAAGUAUGUUCAGCUGGGUGAAACAGGAGCAAGGUGGCCGCAACAAGGAAGGAGAGAUGUACCAGACGGUCACGGAGGGACUCCAAACUCUCUACACCAAGAAGCUGCUGCCGCUGGAGGAGACCUACCUCUUCCAUGACUUCCACUCUCCGGCCCUUGAGGGGGCCGACUUCCAGAGUAAGCCCAUGGUGCUGCUGGUGGGGCAGUACUCCACCGGGAAGACCACCUUCAUCAGGUAUCUCUUGGAGCAGGAUUUUCCUGGGAUGCGCAUUGGUCCAGAACCAACCACUGAUGGCUUCAUUGCUGUAAUGCAUGGGGAAACUGAAGGAGUUGUCCCUGGCAACGCUCUGGUGGUGGACCCGAAGAAACCCUUCAGGAAACUCAACGCAUUUGGAAAUUCCUUCCUCAACAGGUUUAUCUGUUCUCAGAUGCCCAACCAGGUUCUUCAGAGCAUCAGCAUCAUCGACACGCCUGGUAUUCUAUCUGGAGAGAAACAGAGAAUCAGCAGAGGUUAUGACUUUGCAGAGGUUCUGCGCUGGUUUGGGGAGCGAGUGGACAGAAUCAUCCUGCUGUUCGAUGCCCACAAGCUGGAUAUUUCUGACGAGUUCUCUGAAGCCAUAAAAGCUUUUAAGGGACAAGACGACAAGAUCCGGGUGGUCCUCAACAAGGCCGACCAGGUGGACACCCAGCAGCUGAUGCGGGUGUACGGCGCCCUCAUGUGGUCACUGGGGAAGGUGAUUAACACCCCAGAGGUGGUGAGAGUGUAUCUGGGUUCCUUCUGGGCCAAACCACUGCAGAACACAGAGAACAGGCGUCUGUUCGAGGCAGAGUCUCAGGAUCUCUUUCGGGACAUUCAGAGUCUUCCAAGGAAUGCUGCUCUCCGUAAACUCAACGACCUCAUUAAGAGAGCGAGGCUGGCCAAGGUGCAUGCUUACAUCAUCAGCUACCUGAAGAAGGAGAUGCCUUCUCUUUUUGGGCGUGAAAAGAAGAAGGAAGAGCUGAUCAUGAGGCUACCAGAGAUCUACAUCACCCUGCAGAGAGAGCAUCACAUCAGCCCUGGAGACUUCCCCAAUGUCACCAAGAUGCAGGACAUGCUGCAGCACUAUGAUUUCAGUAAAUUUCCGUCCCUGAAAAUGAAACUGAUUGAGUCAGUGGAUAAGAUGCUGGCCACCAAGAUUGCAGUUCUGAUGGCAAUGAUCCGAGAGGAGGAGUCCAAGCUGCCUCCGGCCAUGGUGUCCGGUGGGGCGUUUGAGGGCUCUGAGGACGGGCCUUUCGGUCGGGGUUAUGGUGAGGGUAUUAGUGCCGGCGCGGAUGCAGACGACUGGAUCGUCAGCCGUGACAAACACCGCUACGAUGAGAUUUUCUACACACUGAUGCCCGUCAAUGGUAAGAUCACCGGCGUCAACGCGAAGAAGGAGAUGAUGAAUUCCCGGCUACCCAACACUGUGCUAGGAAAGAUCUGGAAACUGGCUGACUGCGAUCAGGAUGGCAUGCUUGACGAUGAGGAGUUUGCCCUCGCUCAGCAUCUCAUUCAGAUCAAGCUGGAGGGCUAUGAGCUGCCCAACGAGCUGCCCAAUCACCUUGUCCCUCCGGCCCAUCGUAAGAACCCCACUGCAGACGCACUGUACAACCACACAGAGGACUAGAGAACUCACAACGUGCCAAACAAGCCACCAAAGAGAGAGACUGUGAUAGAAGAAGGUCCUAAUGUGGAGAAACCACAACAGAUCAACAUCAGACAAUCAAAUAACUUUUAAUGUUACAGCUUGAAUAUUUCAGCUCAAAGACUCCUGAGAGGAUAAAUCUGGUUUCAACAGUAAACUGUUUUGAAAGAGAGCUUUGUUGUAAAAACCAAAAACGUUCUCCUUCUCUAAACUACUUCUUGCCUCAACUAUUUUGGAUUUCUGUCUUCUGUUUGUGAUGUAUUACAACUUCAGUUUAUUUCCACUUUAUCACCUACAGUAUGUUGACGUGAAAAAAUGUGAUUUUUUUCCAUUGCUAUUUUUUUCUGACAAAUUAAAGAACUGCUUUAAUAUUGUAA